UAUGAUUAAAGCAUUUGCUUAGAAUUAUUUCAAGUCCUUAUAAGAGAGCAUAUGCUAUGGAUUUGCAACAAAGAUGCAAGCUAGUUCAACCUAAAAAACUAAAGAUUCUGCAGGAAGAAGAUUAGGAGUAAAGAAAUUUGGAGGAGAAGAAGUUUUUCCAAAUGAUAUUUUAAUAAGACAAAGAGGUUUUAGAUGGAAACCAGGAUAGAAUACUUCAGUUGGAAAAGAUCACACUAUUCAUUCUAAAGUUGAAGUAUGGUGAUUUUAUCACUAAUUAUAAAGGGUAUUGUACACUUUAGAAGAGAUCCUUAUAAGUUUAAGAAAAUAUUUUAUGUUGAUGUGAUUCCUAGAGAGAAUCCAAAUAGAACUCAUUAUCCUCCACCACCAUACAGUUAUCAUCCUGAAUUGUUUCCUGAAUUAGCUAAGAAUAAUCCUGAACCACUUGUUUUAUUAAAAAAAAGUGAAGAAAAAGUGGAAGUAUAAAUCAAAUUAGAAGGCUAUAAAAUAUCCACAAAAUAAUAUAAACCAAUUGAAAUUCCUAUUGAUUAUAAACCAGAAUUUUCACUUUCCACUUUUUAAUAAUAGUUGAGUAUUAAUAAAUAGUGA